AUGAAGAAUUCCGUCCAGAAUAUCCAACUGGCUAUAUACGCUACAAUACUGAGCUUGACACUCGCCUGGCUCGUCAUCUCUGUCGCCGACACUGCUGUAUUGGCAUUACGAGAGUGGGAGUUUCUGCCUUGCGGUGGUAGGCACAUAUCGAGCGAGCAGCAGCAGCAGCAGCCUCCCUUUAAAAUUGAGGUUCUCGAUUUUAUUGACGACAACGGAGACACAGCCCCAACAGAUAGCGACUCUUCAACUCAAAACGUCAUCACCAUGCCUCCCGUCACAGGCGACACAUCGAAUCUAAUCGUCUCCGACCUCCUCGUCAAAACACCCAAAAUCAACGUCUUCGCCUCCCUCACCCGCGACUUUUAUCCUAUUACAACCCGCUUGAGCGACAAAGCCCAAAACACGACCGUUCUUGCACCAUUGAACUCAGCCAUAAACGCUUUGCCUAGAAAACCAUGGGAAGAUCCGGAAGAUUACGACAAAUUCGGCACAGCAGAAGCUUAUAGAGGGGAUGAAGGCAGGGAUAGGGCGCAGAGGAAUUUGCAGAAGUUUGUGGAGGCGCAUUUGGUACCUGUGAGUCCGUGGAGGGAAGGGGAGGAGGUUGAGACCGUUGGUGGUGGGAAGAUUGAACCUGGUCAUAUUGAGGUUGAUAGCACUGCUUCGGAAGUGUCAAAUGGGAAUGUUUGGGUUCUCAAGGGGGUUAUUAAUUAUAAAUGA